GACAGACAUGUCGUGCUGGAAUUUUAGAGAACUUUGAUUGUUAGUUGCAAGCUUCAUAAUCUUGCUGCUUUAGCUUUUGAUGUUUGAAUCCGUCUGCGACAACUCUGCGGUCAAUCACAUCGAGACGAUAUUCGGACGAAACGAAUCGACAAACUAAUAUACGGAGAUGAACAUUAAGGCAAGAAGGAAUAUCAUGAAGAUGGUGGUAGCGGGAGUGUUGUACAUUCUCAUCUGCAAUGUCGGAUACGGUGAGAGCCACGAAAUUGAUGAAAUUGUUAGGAAUUUAAUUCUUGAUGUGACCAACACGAUGUAUCACGCUAGAUUCAGUGUGACUGCGUUUCUGUGCUCAACUACAGAUGAUCUUAACAAUUUUUCAGAAUUCCUUUCUAAAAAUUAUAAGCUGCACACUAUACUCAUGCUUUCGAAGGACUAUUUUCUGACUUUAAAUGAUUUCGAGUUGAGCCACACUAAUUUUUACGUAUUUGAUUUGGACUGUUCUGCAUCUCACGAGUUGCUUAUUGAGGUGAAUGAAAAAGGGAUGUUUAGUGCCCCCGGAAAAUGGUUGAUGCUCCAAGAUUCUCGAUUAUCAAGAACCUCAAUCAAUGAGACCCAUCUAAAAAACAUAUUCGGUAAUCUUAGUAUCUUCCCCGACAGCGAAGUAACCAUAGCCCUGAGAAUCGAAGACACUGCUGUAAAAUUACUAUCAAUAUAUCGUCCGAAUCUCAUCGCUGACUUGACAUUUGAAGACCGAGGGAUGUGGAACCAGGAAAAGGGCAUUCAGCUUCAAAAUAAUGACGAAUCAUCAAGGAGAAGAACAAAUAUCAUGCAGCUGCCGUUGAGAGCAGCUGCGGUGAUCACACAUCCGAAUACGAUGAAUCAUUGGGAAGACUGCCAGGAAAAAAGAGUGGAUGCUGUUUCCAAAGUUGGCUAUGCCUUCACCAAGCUGUUGGCGGCUCGCAUGAACACCACGGUGAACUUCACUUUCACACCGAGUUGGGGGUAUAAGUCACCGAAUGGAACGUGGGAUGGAAUAGUUGCUGGACUCAUUAGGGAUGAAAUAGAUUUGGGUGGGACUGGCAUGUUCAUCACUGAGCAUCGCAUUGGAGUUAUCAGUUACAUCAAUCUAUACACACCGAGUAGGGUAAGAUUCGUUUUUCGGAGGCCGCCUCUGUCGUACGUCAGCAAUCUCUUCGUCCUGCCUUUCGCCCGCAACGUUUGGAUCGCAACUACACUCUUCUGCAGCUUUGGUUACAUCAUACUCUACUUGA